AUGGCGGACAAAAUCAAUGAUAAGCAGGUCUCGGACCUCAUGGCUUUGCUCCGGACCGACGCUUCGAUUGAUACGAAAGUCCACCACGUUACAGCCAUCAAGUCCGGCAUCAAGCAACAUAAUGUCCCCGAAAGCACCGUCACCCUGCUCUUCGAGGCGCUCCGGACCGCCUCUUCGUCGCAGCAUGCCGUCCUCGUUAAUGCCGGCUUCACGGCGCUCAGUCAUUUACUCACCCGACUAUCACGUCAGGAGCCGAAACUUCUCAUCAAGGAGGCUCCGCGAACAUUACCGCUCCUCGUCGAAAAGCUCGGCGACCAGAAAGACAAGUUCCGGGCCCUCGCAUCCCAGUCAUUGAUCACCCUGUGGAAUAUAGCACCUGUGGAUGUCGAGCGGUCGGUGCGGAAUAUUGCCAUGGCUGGAAAGAACCCGAGGGCUAAGGAGGCUAGCCUGCAGUGGCUACUCCAGACGCAUCAAGAACACGGCCUACAAUUUCGCAGCUACGUUCCCACCCUAAUGGAGCUACUAGAGGACGCAGACGGCAUGGUCCGCGACACUGCUAAGUCCACUGUCAUUGAGCUGUUCCGGAAUGCACCCAACCCGGCCAAAUCGGACUUGAAGAGGCAACUCAAGACCUUCAAGGUGCGACCCGCCAUCGAGCAGGCGAUCGUGAAGGAGCUGGCGCCGACGGCUUCGGCACCGCCUUCCCAGCACGACGAUGUGCCGGCAUCCCCAGCGCCAGUGCGACUGAACCUCGCUGCGAGCGUAUCGUCACUAUCCAGCGAACGGCCCAUUACCCCCAUGACCGAGAUAGAGCAGGUCGAGCCGAUUUACAUCAACACCCAGCGGGAGCUCGAUGACAUAUUGAGGGAGAUGCACACCUACUUCGAGGGGAGAGAGACGGAGCAGAAUUGGUUGAAGCGAGAGGAGAGCCUAACUAAACUGCGAAAGUUGAUGGCUGGCAAUGCUGCGACAGACUUCUCCGACUGCUUCCUCGCGGGGCUCCGUGCCCUCCUAGAUGGCAUCAUCAAGGGCGUCACAUCUCUACGAACCAGCCUGUCCAAGGAGGCAUGCAGUCUCGUCCAAGAGAUCGCCAACACCUACGGGCCUGGCAUGGACCCAAUGGUCGAGCUCCUCAUGCAGACUUUCAUCAAGCUGUCGGCCGCAACGAAGAAGAUCAGUUCCCAGCAGGGCAAUGUCACGGUCGACGUGCUUAUUGCAAAGACGUCUUAUAACUCACGGAUGUUGCAGCACAUCUGGGGCGCUUGCCAAGAUAAGAACGUCCAGCCGAGGACGUACGCGGCAGGCUGGCUGAUGACCCUGAUCAACAAGGAAGCUCAUCAUAAGAGCCACAUCGAGCACGCGGGUGGGCUAGAUCUGAUCGAUAAAUGUAUCAAGAAAGGCCUCGCGGACCCGAAUCCUACAGUCAGGGAACGGAUGAGGGCAACAUACUGGAGAUUUGCAGGUAUCUGGCCAGCCAAGGCGGAGGCGAUCAUGAGUGGACUUGACUCCACCGCUCAGAAGCUGUUGCAGAAAGACCCCAACAACCCCAACUCGCCGAAGAAACCGGAACCAGCGGCCCGCCCGGGACUUGGAUUGUCGAAGAGCACGAUGGGAUCGUCAAAACCAAGCCUCCGCGAAGCUAUGCUGGCUCAGAAGAAGGCAUUGGCGAGGGGGAACCUCCCCGCACGCCCUGGCUCGGCCAUGGCACAAUUUUCUCCCAUGAGAACCACGUCGAGCUCGUCUACAGCAUCCAGCUCCUCGACUACUACAACGCGACAGCGCCCCGAGUCGAUCCUUGCUGCUGCGCCGGGUGGGUUGUCUGUCGCCCCCAUGCGACCCACGAAGAGGCGGCCAGAGAUGGCUGCUCGGCCGGCCACUGCGGGGCCGUACUCGGUACGAAGCCAUGACCAGCCUUCGGCGGAACAUGCCAGCCCCCCGGCGAGCAUCCGAUCUAAGGCGGCUGUGACGCCCAAAGUCAUGACUGCCUCACCGAAGCGUACGACAGUUCAAAGGACAAGACCAGGCCACACCGCGACUGCCAGCGAGUCCAGCCUCCCUUCCCCGUCGAGGUUGGUCACCAGCAAAUCGGCUCCCUCGCCUCGCGUUAGCCCUGCAAAGCCCAGGCCCGCUCCUCCAGCCGCCACCGCCGCUGCCGCACCCAGCAGUCCUACCCAAGCGAACGAGGACUUUACAUUAGUCGUGCCUGCCGUUGCUAAUAUCACAGCCGAAUCUCCUGAAAUCUCAUCUCCCCCCAAACCAGUGGUAGUAAUAGUGGAUGACGUUUCGUCUCCGGAAACGCCGUCGAGACCGCUGCAGGUUUACGAAGACCCAUUCACAGAUGAUCAGGCAACGCCAAAACCUACCUUCACGGGGCCUGUCCUCGAAGAUAAGCCUGUCAAUGAAGACGCCGGGAACCUCUUGCGGCAAGACGCGGAAAGCGAUGGUGCAAGAAACCCGGUCUUCUCGCCCGAGAAAUCGAAGCAGAAUUCCCGUUUGCUAGACAGUGGCAUUUCCAAAGUCAAGCAGAAGACGCUCGACGUUCAUGGAUUCCGCAAACUGCAGGGCAUUAUCCGGGACAACAAAGCCGUCUUCACGGACGACAAGUUCGACUCUCUGCUCACGGGACUGUUUGGGUUCCUCGAGUCUCCCCUCGCCCAGCUAACCCCCGAGAAGGCCCAGGACGUAAAGGCGCAAGUCCUCGCGACGAUCAAGCUCCUCCUAAAGAGGAUGCGGGACAACUUCCAGCCACACGUCUCGCGCGGCCUCGAGUCCAUGCUGCGUAGCCGCGCUAACUACGACGGCCGGACGCACAUGGUGAGCGGCCUGGAGCUGCUGGCCGACGAGCUGGUGACGCUGGGCGACGCGAGCGAGAUCACCGUCGUGCUGACGCGCAUGCUCAGCGGCACAGACGCCGCCGACGCGCCCGGCAGCCGGCCGCUCAGCAUGGGCCUGCACGUGCUGAAGGAGAUGGUGGACGCCAAGCCCGCGUUCGUGCCCAGCGAUGCCGAGCUGGGAAACCUCUCGGGCCUGGCCCUGCGCUGCCUCGACUCGCCCGAGUCCGGGGUGCGGAUGGACGCUGUCCAGCUCUGCGUCGCGCUGCACGCGAGGGUCGGGGAACAGCGCUUCUGGGAGGCCAUGAGGGGCAUCAAGGACGACCCCAAGAACUUGAUAACCUACUACAUUGUCAAGCGGCAGCGGGAGGGGCAGCCGGUGAUGGCUGCAUGA